AUGACUGCCCUGAGUGCCACUAUCGGAUUGGUCCUACCGAAGUUGAUGCCACGAAAGUACACGCAUUGGGCAGCUGUUGCGCUCUUCGUGUACUUCGGUGUGAAGCUACUCUGGGAGGCAUUUCAGAUGCUGCGCAGCGGAAGUGGCAGUGGGCCCAGCGAGGAGCUCGAGGAGGUCGAGCAGAGUUUGAAGGAGGAGAGCGCCAAGGGCAAGAAGACCUGGGCCGUGGCUGGCCAGGCGCUAACUCUCACCUUCCUGGCCGAGUGGGGUGACCGCUCCCAGAUUUCGACCAUUGCCCUGGCUGCGGCGAAGGACCCUCUGGGUGUGACGCUGGGUGGCAUAAUCGGCCACUCUUGCUGCACAAGCCUUGCGGUCAUCGGGGGCCGUGUCCUGGCCGAGCAUAUUUCCGAGCGGAUGGUUGUCAGCGCCGGUGGGGUCCUCUUCCUCUGCUUUGCCCUGCAUGGAGCGAUUGUUGGCUCGGACUGA